CUGACAUCUGAAGUCCAGAAGGUGUGUUUGUGUGGAUGUAGAGGAGGACAGAGCAGAGUCUGCAGUAUUUAACCAGGUCGAUGAGAUGACUGAAGUCAGACUGACUGAAGUCCAGAAGAUGAGAGUUUGUGUGGAGGAAGAGGAGGACAGAGCAGAGUUUGUAGCAUCCAGCUGUCUGUCUAUGAAGAGUGACUCAUCUAAAGGAAAUCCUCUACUCUUCAGAAAUAAACCUGGACCCUCAGACACGAAAGUUCAGUCCAACAAACAGAGAGCAGAGUCUCCAGUAUCCAGCUGUCUGUCUAUGAAGAGUGACCAAUCCAGAGGUCUUCCUCUGAAGUUCAGUAAUGAACCUGGACCCUCAGACACAAAAGUUCAGUCUGACAGACAGAGAGCAGAGUCUCCAGUAUCCAGCUGUCUGUCUAUGAAGAGUGAUCAAUCCAGAGGUCUUCCUCUGAAGUUCAGUAAUGAACCUGGACCCUCAGACACAAAAGAGAAGAGGGGUCAUGUUUCUGUGGAGGAGCAGCCAUCCUGCUGUGCUUUGUGUCAGGACAUCCUAAAGGAUCCAGUCUCUACCAGCUGUGGACACUGGUUCUGCAGACAGUGCAUCACCUCAUACUGGGACCAGUCUGCUUCACCAGGAGACUGUCCCCAUUGUGGAGAAGGAGCAAGAGCUGGACUGCAGACAGCCAGUCAGAGUAGCUCUGUACAAAUGAUUGGUGGUCUGCAGGAGGAUUUUGAAAAACAUAAGAUCAGUCUGAGGAGAAGAUGUGAAUGUGUCACUGAAGGAACUGAUGAAACAGGAAGUGGAACCCUCCUCAACCGGAUCUAUACUGAGCUCUACAUCACAGAGGGACAGACUGAAGAGGUUAAUACCCAACAUGAGGUGAGGCAGCUUGAGACCGCUUCCAAGAUGGAGACCCUCCAUGAAACUCCAAUCAAGUGCCACGACAUCUUUAAAGCCUUACCUGACCAACAGAGACACAUCAGAGUGGUUCUGACGAGUGGCGUCGCAGGCGUUGGAAAAACCUUCUUAGUGCAGAAGUUCACUCUGGACUGGGCAGAGGGCUUGAAAAACCAAGAUGUCAGUCUGCUGGUUCUGCUGUCGUUCAGAGAGCUGAACUUGAUCAAAGAUGAGCUGUACAGUCUUCUCACGCUGCUCCAUGUUUUCCAUCCAACAUUACAGAAGGUCCCAGCAGAGAAGCUCGCUGUCUGUAAACUGUUGUUCAUCUUUGACGGCCUGGAUGAAAGCAGACUUUCAUUGGAUUUCCACAACAAUGAGGUUGUGUCUGAUGUCACACAGAAGUCAUCAGUCAACCUGCUGCUGACAAACCUCAUCAAGGGGAAUCUGCUUCCCUCGGCUCUCGUCUGGAUAACUUCCAGACCUGCAGCAGCCAAUCAGAUCCCUCCUUCAUUUGUUGACAGGGUAACAGAAGUACGAGGCUUCACUGACGCCCAGAAGGAGGAGUACUUCAGGAGGAGAGUCAGUGAUAAAGAGCUGUCCAGCAGAAUCAUCUCACACAUCAAGACAUCUAGGAGCCUCCACAUCAUGUGUCUAAUCCCAGUUUUCUGCUGGAUCACUGCUACAGUUCUGGAGCACAUGUUGAUUACAGACCAGAGAGGAGAGCUGCCCAAGACCCUGACUGACCUGUACUCACACUUCCUGCUGGUUCAGACAAAGAGGAAGAAGCAGAAGUAUAAUGAGGGACAUGAGACGAGUCCACAGGAACUGAUGAAGGCUGAUGGGAAGGUUAUUCUGAAGCUGGGGAGGCUGGCGUUUGAACAGCUGGAGAAAGGAAACAUCAUGUUCUACCAAGAAGACCUGGAGCAGUGUGGUCUUGAUGUCACAGAGGCCUCUGUGUACUCAGGAGUUUGUACAGAGAUCUUCAAAAGAGAGAGUGUGAUCUUCCAGAAAACAGUCUACUGCUUUGUUCAUCUGAGCAUUCAGGAGUUUCUGGCUGCAGUCUACAUGUUCAGCUGUUACACUAACAGUAACACAGAGGUACUGGAGGACUUCUUAGAAAAGCAAUAUAUUGAUUCAGCCCUGGAUGUCUUCCUGAUGGGAGCAAUGAUGAAAUCCCUUAAAAGUAAAACUGGCCACCUGGACCUGUUUGUUCGCUUCCUUCAUGGCCUCUCUCUGGAUUCCAACCACAGAAUCUUAGGAGGCCUGCUGGGCCGGACAGAGAAUAGUCCACAAAUCAUCCAGAGAGCCAUCAACAACCUGAAGAAGAUGAACACAAAAAGCUCUCCUGACAGAAGCAUCAACAUUUUCCACUGUCUGAUGGAGAUGAACGACCACUCAGUACAUCAGGAGAUCCAAGAGUUCCUCAAGUCAGGGAACAGAGCAGAGACGAAACUGUCUGUGGUCCACUGCUCAGCUCUGGCCUACAUGCUGCAGAUGUCAGAGGAGGUUCUGGAUGAGUUGGAGUUGACUAAGUACAACACAUCAGUGCAGGGAAGACAAAGACUGAUUCCAGCUGUGAGGAACUGCAGAAAGGCUCGACUGUCCUUCUGUGGACUCUCAGAGACUCACUGUGAAGUCGUGGCCUCAGCUCUGAAGUCCAACCCCUCCCAUCUGAGAGAGCUGGACCUGAGUCACAACAACCUGCAUGAUUCAGGAGUGAAGCUUCUGACUGCUGGACUUGAGAAUCCAAAUUGUAGUGUGGAGAAUCUGGGAUUGAGGUGCUGCAGUUUGACAGAGAGCAGCUGCGCUUCUCUGGCCUCAGCUCUGAAAUCCAACCCCUCCCAUCUGAGAGAGCUCCGGCUGAGUGGAAACAACCUCCAGGAUUCAGGAGUGAAGCUGCUGUGUGAUUUUCUGGAGAGUCCACACUGUAGACUGGAGACUCUGGGAAUGUGUCUCUGCAGUUUGUCAGAGAUCAGCUGUGCUUCUCUGGCCUCAGCUCUGAAGUCCAACCCCUCCUACCUGAGUGCACUGUGGCUGAGUGACAACAAGGUUCAGGAUUCAGGAGUGAAGCUGCUGUCUGGUUUUCUGGAGAGUCCACACUGUAGACUGGAGACUCUGAGACUGUGGAACUGCAGUUUGUCAGAGAUCAGCUGUGCUUCUCUGGCCUCAGCUCUGAAGUCAAACCCCUCCAAUCUGAGAGAGCUGGACAUGAGUAAAAACAAGCUGCAGGACACAGGAGUGAAGCUGCUCUGUGAUUUUCUGGGGAGUCCACACUGUAGACUGGAGACUCUGAGAUUGUGGUGCUGCAGUUUGUCAGAGAUCAGCUGUGCUUCUCUGGCCUCAGCUCUGAAGUCCAACCCCUCCCAUCUGAGAGAGCUGGAGCUGGGUGACAACAAGCUGCAGGAUUCAGGAGUGAAGCUGCUGUGUGGUUUUCUGGGGAGUCCACACUGUAGACUGGAGACCUUGAGAUUGAGUUGGUGCGGUUUGUCAGAGAUCAGCUGUGCUUCUCUGGCCUCAGCUCUAAAGUCCAACCCCUCCCAUCUGAGAGAGCUGGAGCUGAGUGACAACAAGCUGCAGGAUUCAGAUGUGAAACUGCUGUCUGAUCUUGUGGAGAGUCCACACUGUAGACUGGAGACUCUGAGAUGGAAGUGAUCUCUGUCAGAGUGUGAGUGAUGAGAAAGGUGGUGGUGUUGAGAGAGGAUCAGCUGUGUCCUGAUGAUCCAGAGAGGUUGAAGCAGCAGCAUCAGCUUGUAUGUGGAGGCUCUGACUGGGCCACGUUACUGGGAGGUAGAGUGGAGAGGAGAGCUUCAUCCAGCAGUGACUGACAACAGUUCUGCAGUCUGAACUGCUCUGAGAUCAGCUCCACUGUCAGACACAAAGUUAAGUCCACCAUCAUCCCUGUGUAUCAUCUGUGUAUCUGGACUGCUCUGCUGCUGCUCUGUCCUUCUACACAGUCUCUGCAGACACACUGAGACUCCUCCACUACUUCUGCUCCACACUCAACCACCUCCUCCACCUGGACUAUUUUAAUUCAGAUGUUCUGAACCCAAAGUGCCUCUGCUGAUAAGUUAUGUUUAUUAACAUAUUUAAAUUGAUCUUUCUAUUGAUGUUUUCCACUCUGUGGAACAAUGGUGUGUUGCAGUUUAUUUCCACAUCUUUCUAAUAGUAGAAGUUGAUAUUGCAUUUAUAAAGUUACCUCUCUGAAGUUCAGUUUAUUACCACCAAUACCAACCUUUUCUCAUAUUAUGACAGAUUUACUUGACAGAAAGAAGAAAAUAAAAGUCUGGAUGCAAUCAAAGCUUUAUUCAGUUUUUCAACUGACCUUAAUCAGACAGAGGUGGGUACCCUAACCCGACCCCUGACAUUUUGCGCCCUAGUCAACCGCCUAUGUUGUCAAUGCCACGGGCCGGCCCUGGUCACAGGUGUGUACAAAUAACUGAAUCAGGAAACAUGCAUGUUGUUCUUAUUAUUAUAUAGAAAGAAAUGUUUGAAACAUAUUUAGAAAGUCUGAACAACCUGGAGUCUCAGCAUGUUUCAGGCUCUUCUCUCAACAUACUGUGAUUACUGUGUGAACUGGGUUACAACACUAUUGAUCAUUAUCUCUGUCAUAGAUAAUUAAGUCUUUAUUAGACUCUGAGCAUAAGACAAAGGUGGAAAGCCGUUUGACUCUGACUCCUUCCAGAGAAAGAUUUAUUGUAUUUCAUAAUAAAAGACAACUGA